CCUUCUAAUCCCUCCUGGCAAAACCCCAACCCAAACAGAUCUCUCUUUUCUACUGUCUCUUUCUCUCUCCACUUUAUAUAAUUAAGCUCACUCUUCAAUUUCAAAUUACCCAAAAGAAAAAAACACCCAGAAAACAAAUUGAGCAAGAAUUUGAACUGAAUUUAGCAAAUUAUUCACUACCCAUUUAAGAAUUACUUGCUAAUUUCAAUACCCACAUCUUAAUUUCUUCAAAAAGUUGGGAAAUUUGGCGUUUAGGUUAAGCUAAAAUUUCAAAAAAUUUCAAUACCCAUUUGAGAAUUUUGGAUGUUAGAGAAGUAAAGAUUAAGUCUUUUUAAUGGAUCCUCCAUUGAUAAAUGAAGGUUCAUUUACAACAGCAAAUCCUUCAUUAGCUGAGAUUUGGCCAUUUAGUAAUGGUGGAGAUUCUGAUGUUGGAGGAAUGUUGGGACUUAGAAUGGGAAGUGGUAGUGGUGGAUUUGUGAAUAGUUUAAUUGAUGGGUUAUUGAGUAAUGGCAUUGUUGGAGCAAUUAAUAAAGAUGGGUCAAUUGAGGAAUCAACUGUUACAGAACAAAGUAGAAGUCUUGGUGGUGGUGGUGGUGGUGGUGGUGGGAAAAAGAGGAGAGAGAAUAUCUCAGAAGAUGAGUCUUCUAAGCUUGUUUCAACUACUAGUAGUGGCAAUGAAUUGAAAGAAUCAAAUGGUAAACGCAUCAAAACAUCAGGUUCUCAGGAUGAAAAUGGCAGUUCAAAGGCUGGAGGUGAAUCGAGUUCUGCCGAUGGUGACAAGCCUGCUGAAAAACCAGCUGAGCCAUUAAAAGACUACAUCCAUGUCAGAGCAAGAAGGGGUCAAGCUACAGAUAGCCAUAGUCUGGCUGAGAGAGCCAGGAGAGAAAAGAUAAGCGAGAGAAUGAAAAUUUUACAAGAUCUGGUUCCUGGAUGCAACAAGGUUAUUGGAAAAGCACUUGUCCUUGAUGAGAUUAUCAAUUAUAUACAAUCAUUACAGCGACAGGUCGAGUUCUUAUCCAUGAAGCUUGAAGCAGUCAAUUCUGGGAUGAUUCCUUCGAUCAACGGAUUCCAUUCAAAAGAUGCUAAUCAACUAGGGGUGCCCUCAUUUGAUCCUAGUAUGAUGUUUAGUGCACAAGCUGCAAGAGAACUCGCAUCAGCAGCAGGAGCAGCGCAAUCUGAGUGGUUACAUAUGCAAUUAGGUGGAAGUUUCGAACGAACAGCAUGAUGACGAUUUCUUGUAAAACAUCUCUUGUUUGAUGAUAAAAUCUUCAAAAUUCACCAACUAGUCAUUUAUUUUACAUAAUCAGGGAACUCUGCCUAAAAUCAUUCUACUGUUUGGGUGGGGGUGUUUAUUUCUAUAAUCUAUAGUUAGUUCUUCCUUGAUUUGUAAUACAAGAACACUGUCUCUGUAGAAAAUAUUCAGUGUAACCUGAAGCCUCCUUAUAUGAUCCUCUAACCAGGUUGGGCCCAAAGAUUGAAGUGUCCAAGAUUGGUGAAAGUGUUGAAUAUUUGUGCUAUAUUCAAAACAUUUGUUGGUCAA